CGUUUCCUGUCACAUGACACUAAGCCGCGGAAGUAAUAUCUCUGUAACCGUUGACUAUGGAGAUGGUACCAUCGAACAGAACAAACUUCCUGACUCUAUCUAUUAUGAGCUUGGAGAAGAUCCAAACGGAGCCACUGAAACUACAGGAGAUGGGAUAAUAGCAUUCGUUGGAUAUCCAGUUAAAGAGAACGGGACGCUCUUUAAUAUCGAAAUGACCUUUGCUAGACUUGGAUCGUUUCGUGUGAUGAUACUUAGAAAGCCUGCCCUUCAAAGUUCCAUAAUCGAUCAAUCGAAUCAAGUCCCGAGAAGAACUCGAUGUAGUGAUGCAGAGAUGUUUGAUUUGGACAAUCAGUCUUGUUGCACAUCAGGAAUAGGCUGUCAAUCAUCACAAGUGACGCAGAACUUGACAGGUUACACAUAUCAGCACAUAAUCUACGAUUACCAGUCGUUCCAAUACGUAUCAAUACCCACAUUCAAGUCAAUAGACGUAAGUGUAAACGUUAUCAAAGGAGAUAUCAUCGUUUUACAGCCUUAUGGUUCCUCUGGAGGACAACUGGCGAAGUUGAAUAAAAAUAGUAGUGCCAUAACUGCUCUGACUUUCUCAACUGAUAACAACAUAGAGGUAGGUAAUACCUUCGAGUCCCGCGUUGAACCUGUUGCUACAAGAGACAUUUUUGCAUUCAGGGCUAUUUAUUCUUCUGGAAUAUCUCAUGAAAUAAAACAUUUGUACAAUAGAGAUAGUAGUUUUUCGAUGAACUUCGCUCUCCAGAGCUCUGGCAGGACCUUGACAGUCUUCAGCAAACCUAUAAUCGUACAAGAAAAAUUACACAGCGUAAAUAUUAGUAUUCCCAGACGUGGGCUUGUCAACGGGACCUCUUUGUUCAAUAUCGAGGCAUUUGGCACAGAUUUAACAAUGACGGUAUCUUUUGGUGACGGUUUUACUCAGAUGUUUUCAAACGUCCAACCGAUCGAGCACCAAUACCCAAAGAAGGAUGUGUUUAAUGUUGAUAUACAGAUCUACAACAAGGUCAGUUGGUACUGGAUGCAAUGCCAAUACGAGACAAUAAUGCCUGUGAUUCUUGACAUUCAUAGAUGUAGGGAAGGUUUUGUCUACCAACCGCUCGUUCCCGUUAAAACAAUAUUAUACGGUGGAGAUUUUGCCAAUAUUUCAACGAAGUUUAGCGACGGAGGUGAAGAGCAUUUUGUUUCCAACAUAUCAAUGAUAAACUUUCCUGUUGAGAACGAGAUUAAUCAUUCCUUUCCCAAUCCUGACGCCUAUGAUGUGACCGCCUUCGCUAUUAAUGGGCUAAGCAAUACAACAGUAAAGUGCACAAUCUAUGUGGAGAUUCCGAUUCAAGGACUGGAUAUGUCAAAUAUAUCUUCCUCUAUCAAUGUGGCGCACAACAUCAGUUUGCCACUUACUGCUCAAGGAGGUUCAAACUUAACCUACAAGGGGAUAUUAAACGACAAACCAGCAGAGAUCACAUGUGUUAAUAGCAAUUGCAGUCAAGCAGGUGUCUUAAUACUUGCAGGAAGUUACCCCACUGGCAAAAAUACAUUAACAGCCUGUGUUUAUAACCAUGUUACCUUAGGACUUUGUAGGACAGCUUACUUUACUGCUUACCAAAUUGUCAGCGGUACUUUAUUGUUGCUCCGACACGCAUAUUUAGUAGAUCAAACUGUAGACGUGUCUGUUGCAUUUCAAAAUGGUUCUGAUGUCUCCUGUUUCUUGGAGCUACAAGGUUAUCAAGCGAUGCAACAAAAGUGCAAAGCUGGAUUCGUUAUGACAAAGUCUGUGACAUGCGCUACAUCGGGGGUUUUCAAAGUUCUCGCUAACUGCAGCAACAUGUUCAGCUUUGAGUACCGGGAGUCAAACUUUUCUUGCAUAUACCCAGUCCGACAAACAGUCCUAACUUCUAAUUCGCCCCAGUCAAUCCUCACAGGAACUAUCAACUUUACUCUCAGUCACAUUGCUCCCGUUCCUUCCAGUGCAGCAUGUCAUGUCGACUUUGGAGACAGUGUUAAGAUGGUCUUUGAAGACUGUUUUCUUCCUUUGAAUUUCUCGCACAAAUACAGCGCUGAAGGUGACUACCUAGUAAACGCAUCAGUGUACAACAAACUAACAAGCAAAUGGUCUUCGACGUUCGUGAAAAUAGAGGAACCAAUUGAAGUUAUUAUCUUAGAGAUAGAACGCUCACCGUGCGAUCAAAUGUAUGGAAAACCCGGUGGAGGUCCGCUAAACAACAUGUUUCCUGUCGAGUGUCCGAUGAUAUUCAAGAUUGCACAUAUGGAUGGUACUCGCCCUAAUGUAGAGUGGAACUUUGGUGAUAACCAAAUCCAAUUAAUGAACAGUAGUGUUCGCACCCAAACUCAUACCUGUGCUCAGGAAGGUUUGUACAACUUCACGGUCAAGGCAUUCAAUCAGAUAUCAUCUUUGUCUUCACAUCUAGUGUACGAGUGCAGACCAAGCAUCAAAUGCACCAUCUAUGAAGACUCCCCAUUCCUGACCUACGAGCCUGCUAACAUUACCUUACAUAUCGAAAACGCAGAUUAUCUAACAGCUGUUCUCAUAGACUUUGGAGACGGAGAGUUUCAAGUAGUUGGUGCCAGUGCAAGAAAGAAUGACUUUCCGGGAUUCCCAUUUAAGGUCAUCGAACCUAUAAUAGUAUAUAAGAACCAACGUCGUAUCACUGCAUAA